GAUUUUGACUCUCUUACUCGCACUCUGUAUUCGACCGCAACGGCUCUUUACUUUCUCACUCUCUUAAAGAUUGAGAGAAAUACGCAUAGGUCUUGGUUAUCUUCCUCAAAUGGAACUCUGGAACUGGACAAUGGGGCUUCUUCUUGGUUUUUUCGUUUCGGUUUCUUUGUUCCAGGUCAUACUGAACGUGUCUAUAGUGAGCGCAGAGAAUGCACUGACGUCCGAUGUCGUCUCAGGGGAAAGGCAUUCUGAAGACUAUUGUGCGAUGUAUGGCAUAUGUGGAAAACGUACGGAUGGAAAAAUCUUGAACUGUCCUUUCGGUUCCCCUUCCGUGAAGCCAGAAGAGUUGCUUUCGUCAAAGAUUCAGAGUUUAUGUCCAACGAUUACUGGCAAUGUUUGUUGUACAGAAGCUCAGUUUGACACAUUACUGAGCCAAGUCCAACAAGCAAUUCCUUUCCUUGUAGGUUGCCCAGCAUGCUUGAGAAACUUUUUAAAUCUGUUCUGUGAGCUCACCUGCUCUCCGAAUCAGAGUUUGUUUAUCAAUGUGACUUCUGUUUCCAAGGUUAACAGCAAUUUGACCGUGGAUGGAAUUGAUUUUUAUAUAACUGAUGCUUUUGGUGAAGGGUUAUAUGACUCCUGCAAGGAUGUAAAGUUUGGCACCAUGAAUGCUCAAGCUCUAGAAAUUAUUGGUGCUGGUGCUCAAAAUUUUAAAGAGUGGUUUGCUUUUAUUGGUAGACAAGCAGGGCCAAAUGUGCCAGGUUCACCAUAUGCCAUUAAGUUCCAUUCAAAUGCUAUUGAUUCAUCUCAAAUGAAACCUAUGAAUAUUUCUACUUAUUCAUGUGGUGAUAUUUCACUGGGCUGUUCUUGUGGUGAUUGCCCUUCAUCUCCAGUAUGCUCUAAGACAUCUCCUCCUGCUCCCCACGAAGGGGGUUCUUGUUUGGUGAGAAUUGGGUCUCUUAAGGCCAAAUGUAUUGACUUUGCUUUAGCAAUCCUGUAUAUCAUAUUGGUUUGUAUAUUUUUAGGAUGGGGUUUAUUUCAUCGGACAAGAGAAAGGAAGCCACAUUAUCGAACAAAACCAGUGUUGCAUGCCGCCAUGCACUCUGUUAACAGGAAAAACGAUGAGAACUUCCCCAUGCAGAUGCUUGAAGAUGCUCCUCAAAUUGGAAUUGGGAUCCGACUUUCAGUCGUGCAAGGAUACAUGUCCAAAUUUUACAGGAGAUAUGGAACAUGGGUUGCUAGAAAUCCAACCUUAGUUUUAUGUUCAUCAUUGGCUAUAGUUCUUCUGCUUUGUUUAGGUCUAGUCCAUUUCACAGUGGAGACACAGCCCGAGAAGCUAUGGGUAGGACCUGGGAGUAAAGCCGCAGAAGAGAAACAAUUUUUUGACAGUCACCUAGCCCCUUUUUACAGAAUUGAACAGCUCAUAUUAGCAACGAUCCCAGAUGCGUUAGAUGGUAAAUUACCAAGUAUAGUGACAGAGAAGAACAUCAAGCUACUGUUUGAGAUACAAAAAAAGGUUGAUGGACUUCAUGCAAAUUAUUCAGGAUCAAUGAUUAGUCUCAAUGAUAUUUGCAUGAAACCAUUGGACCGGGAUUGUGCCACUCAAAGUGUUCUACAGUAUUUUGAAAUGGAUCCCGAAAAUUAUGAUAAUUAUGGGGGAGUUGCUCACCUCGAGUAUUGUUUUGAGCACUAUUCCUCUGCAGACAAAUGUAUGAGUGCGUUUAAAGCUCCGUUAGAUCCAAGCACUGCAUUAGGAGGUUUCCCCCCGAAUAAUUAUUCUGAUGCUUCUGCAUUUGUAAUUACUUACCCUGUCAACAACGCGUUUGACAAAGAAGGAAAUGAAACUCAAAGAGCAGUGGCUUGGGAGAAGGCUUUUAUUCAGUUAGUGAAGGAUGAGUUAUUGCCGAUGGUGCAGUCUAAAAAUUUAACACUUUCUUUUUCCUCGGAAAGCUCCAUUGAGGAGGAACUCAAAAGAGAAAGUACUGCAGAUGCCAUUACUAUAUUGAUAAGCUAUCUUGUGAUGUUUGCUUACAUUUCUUUUACUUUGGGGGAUACACCUUGUCUAUCCUCCUUUUACAUUUCAUCCAAGGUGUUGCUUGGUCUCUGUGGAGUUAUUCUUGUCAUGUUGUCUGUUCUCGGAUCAGUUGGAUUUUUUAGUGCCAUUGGAGUAAAAUCUACACUGAUCAUUAUGGAAGUUAUUCCUUUUCUUGUUCUAGCUGUGGGGGUGGAUAAUAUGUGUAUACUGGUGCAUGCUGUGAAGCGGCAACCAACAGAGUUGCCUUUAGAAGGACGGAUGAGCAAUGCACUUGUGGAAGUAGGGCCAUCCAUAACACUAGCCAGUCUCUCGGAGGUUUUAGCUUUUGCAGUUGGAAGUUUCAUACCUAUGCCAGCUUGCCGUGUGUUUUCCAUGUUUGCAGCAUUGGCUGUUCUUCUGGACUUCCUUCUGCAAGUUACUGCUUUUGUAGCUUUAAUUGUUUUUGACUUUCUCCGAGCUGAGGAUAGGGGGGUUGACUGCUUUCCGUGCAUAAGAGUUUCUUCAUCAGAUGAGGACUCUGGUAAAGGCAUUGGGAAGAGAAAACCUGGAUUACUGGUUUGUUAUAUGAAGGAAGUCCACGCACCCUUCCUCAGUCUUCGGGGAGUGAAAGUAGUUGUCAUUUCUGUCUUUCUUGGAUGUGCAUUCGCUAGUAUUGCCUUGUGCACUAGGAUUGAACCUGGUUUGGAACAAAAGAUUGUUCUUCCUCGAGACUCCUAUCUUCAGGGAUAUUUUAAUAAUGUUUCAGAAUAUCUUAGAAUUGGACCACCGCUAUAUUUUGUUGUGAAGAACUAUAACUAUAGCUCAGAAUCAAGACAUACAAACCAGUUAUGCUCCAUCAACCAAUGUGACUCAAACUCCCUUUUAAAUGAGAUUGCAAGAGCCUCCUCAAUGCCAUACUCAACUUACAUUGCCAAGCCAGCUGCUUCAUGGCUUGAUGAUUUUCUUGUCUGGAUGUCUCCAGAAGCAUUUGGGUGCUGUCGGAAGUUCACAAAUGGGAGUUAUUGCCCGCCUGAUGAUCAGCCUCCUUGCUGUUCUCCUAAUGAAGUUCCUUGUGGUGUGGAUGGAGUAUGCAAAGAUUGUACCACGUGCUUUCAUCACUCCGAUUUGGAUAAUGAUCGUCCAUCUACAGUACAAUUUAAGGAGAAACUUCCCUGGUUCCUGAAUUCUCUACCCUCUGCUGAUUGUGCCAAAGGUGGCCAUGGGGCUUACACUAGUAGUGUGGAACUGAAAGGAUAUGAGAAUGGUAUUAUUCUAGCAUCGUCAUUCCGUACGUAUCAUACACCCCUCAACAAGCAGGUUGACUAUGUUAAUUCAAUGAGGGCUGCUCGAGAGUUCACGUCAAGGGUUUCUGAUUCUUUGAAGAUAGAGAUCUUUCCAUAUUCAGUCUUUUAUAUGUUUUUUGAGCAAUACCUUGAUAUUUGGAGGACGGCUCUGUUCAACCUUGCUAUAGCUAUUGGUGCAGUGUUUAUCGUUUGCUUAAUCAUCACGUGUAGUUUUUGGAGUUCAGCAAUUAUUUUUCUGGUGUUAACAAUGAUUCUCGUAGAUCUCAUGGGUAUGAUGGCAAUUCUGGAUAUCCAAUUGAAUGCAGUCUCCGUCGUUAACCUUGUUAUGUCAGUGGGCGUUGCUGUUGAGUUUUGUGUGCAUAUGACACAUGCUUUCUCGGUAAGCAGUGGAGAUAAGGAACAACGCAUGAAGGAGGCUCUGGGUACAAUGGGAGCAUCUGUCUUCAGUGGAAUCACACUGACAAAGCUAGUUGGCGUGAUCGUUCUUUGUUUCUCGAGGACUGAAGUUUUUGUGGUUUAUUACUUCCAAAUGUACCUCACAUUGGUCCUUCUUGGUUUCUUGCAUGGACUUGUAUUCUUACCAGUAUUUUUGAGCAUAUUUGGUCCGCCGUCUAGAUGCGUUCUUGUGGAGCAGCUAGAAGAUCAUCCAUCUGCUUCAUCACAGCUGUAGGAAGAAAACUUUUUGUAGGUUAAUAUCCUUCUCUUCUAUACUUAAAUUGCAUGUAUCGAUAGUUCAAGAAAAU